GAGAGUUAGAUAUCAAAUUAAUAUAUCAUAAUUAUCAAUUGGAGAGCGAGCGAGAGAGAGAAAGAGGGGCGAUAGAAAUGGCGUUUACAAUGAGAGCAGUGAAGGUGCCACCAAACUCAGUGAGUCUGGAAGAAGCUCGGACUCGUACUUUCGAGUUCUUCAAGUCGGCGUGCAGAUCUAUUCCCACUGUCAUGGAAAUCUAUAAUCUAUACGACGUCGUUACGCCUUCUCAGCUUCGCUCCAACAUCGCCGCCCAGUUCCGUAAGAAUGCUCACAUUACAAACACCAAGGUGAUAGACAUGCUGCUUUUUAAGGGCAUGGAAGAAUUGGGCGAUGUUGUGGAGCAUGCGAAGCAGCGGCACCACAUCAUUGGUCAAUAUGUGGUAGGUCACCAUGGGCUGUCGCAGGAUUCAGGCACCAAGGAUGAAGGUGCCUCUGAUUUCUUGAAGAAUUUUUACAAGACGAACUAUUUCUGAACCCUGUUAUACAUGGUUAAGUCAGGCUUGUGGUGGGGUUGAUUUUGGGAAUAGCACAAAUAAAUGUGAACUUUUAACAAUGGUCAAAUUAUGUUUGAUGUUGUAGCUAUGGUCCAGCAGAAUUUGUCAAUGCUUUUACUUGUUUCUAUGGACUAAAGGAUAAGGUUGCUGUUUCAUGGCAUUGAAAAUAUUAACUUUUUACCUA